UUUCUGUGUGAUCAGAACGAGACAGUUUCCUGCUCGGAUUGUCGGCCAUUUAUUUUUGUCAACCUGAGUUUCUGAUUGAAGUACCCCAGUUUAUUAGAAACCACAAAUUAUUUGCCUCACAAAAGUGUCUUCAAUUGUAGGGGGUUGAGGAGCAGCUCUAUCAUAGGUACAGGUGGCGAAAUGGCUAUGAAAAGAAUUUCAAAGGAGUUAAUGGACUUACAUAAAGAUCCACCCACUAACUGCUCAGCAGGACCAGUAGGAGAAGACAUAUUUCACUGGCAAGCUACUAUUAUUGGCCCAGAAGACAGUCCUUAUGCAGGUGGAUGCUUCAAUCUGAACAUACACUUCCCAACAGAUUAUCCUUUCAAACCACCUAAAGUGGCAUUCUCAACAAAAAUUUAUCACCCUAACAUCAAUAGCAAUGGUAGCAUAUGUUUGGACAUUUUGCGUGGCCAAUGGUCUCCAGCUCUUACUAUUUCAAAAGUUCUAUUAUCCAUUUGCUCGCUUUUAACGGAUCCAAAUCCAGAUGAUCCUUUAGUUCCAGAGAUUGCUCGUAUCUACAAAACAGAUAUUGCCAAAUACAAUGAAACUGCACGCGGCUGGACCCAGCGUUUUGCUAUGUGAUGUUAGCCCCUCUACCAACAACUCAGUCACUUUUAUAAUUUAGAAUCAUUUAUAAAACAAGACUACAUUCUGUCUUUGCGUAAAUUUCCGGUUGAAGAAAGGAAUGCCCAGUGAUGACAAGAAAUUGAUUCAAAAUUUCAGUUUCUUUUUCAGUAAAUCAUGCUACUUUUUUUUUUUUUUAAACACACCUAUGUGAUAAUCUUUUUGUAAAGAAAGUAGAAGGCAGACAGUUUGACUUUUUAAAUUCAUUUUUCUUCAGUUUGUUCAAAAUAAUCUUAAUAAUUUUCAAUUUUUUUUAAACAGGUGUGUUAAGUAUUUCAGUUAGAGCUCAUCCUGCUUUACAUUCUUGAAAAAUAUUAAAUUUAAUUGUGCACUAGUUUUUUAAAACACCAUAUUGUUUUUUACUAUCAAUUUUUACAUUUCAUUGUUUGUUUAUCUUAAAACUCAAGUUUUGGGCUUAUUUAAUAAUUUCAGGCAGUAACUAACUUACCUUUAUAAAAAAAAGUUUGAGAAAUUUAAAAAAAAGUCAGUCUUCAAUAUUAGCUGUUUGACCAUUUAUUUGCUAUCUUUUUGUUUGUGCCUAUGAUAUCAGCCUUAGUUCUAAGUACCUCAAUUUUUCUUCUGGUUUACUAGGAAUAGGUUAUGACUGUGCAAUUUGUUUAAAAUGUAGGAUUUGUGUACCUAAAACAAAUUUUAAUGUUCUAGAAACAUACAUUAGAAUUGAUUAAAUAUUUAUGCCUUUAACUAGCCACUUAAGACUGCAGGGCUUACUUUACUAGGUAAACAAUUUACAACCCCUAAAUCAUUUAAAAAUGUACAUUUGCUAUUAUAUAAUGAAGGCUUAUUUAUUUUUUGAAGCAAACAUUAAUGCAUUGUUUUCUCUAUAUCUAUUCUGUCUUUUAGUUAAAGUUUUACUUUUGAACUCACAGUUUGCUAUGAAAAUAUUUUUGAUUGUAUAUUUAGUUUCCAUGUUUGGUUGGGUCAUCUCUUUGUCUUGUGUAUUAUAUGUUUGUCAUGUAUAGAAUAACAAACAUUCAUGUUCCAUUAACAUCUGUGCUGCCUGAUGAUUUAAUUAUAGUACAGCUGAAAAGUGUGACCCAUCUGAUGAUACUCUUUAUAGUUAUGAGUAGCUAAGAGAUAGUGCGGUAUAAUUAAAGUUUAUAAAGUAGACUAAAAAGUUCAUACUUUUUUAAAAAGUUCAUUUCAAAUUAGGUUGAGCAAAAUGAUACUCGUGCCCUGAUUGUAUUGUAAUUAUUUUUAUUAAAAUUAAUUAAAAUUUCUCUGAGCAUUGGCUACAUCCCUAAUGUAUUAUUGAGUGUGAAAGAGAUGAGCUUUGUGUUGAAUUUUGAAAUUGGUAUACUUGUGAGAAAAAUAAACUUUAAAAAACC